UCGGCGCGCAUAGCUUCCGCAUUUCUAAAUCACCGACGCGGAAGCUCAUAUCCCUCCGAAUACAGACCCGGUUGCUCGGCCCCUUGUCAGGUAUUAACUAGACCAAAAACAAACUAUCUUGAUGCGUUUCAUUCUGAGCCGGCGGCAUAUCUCAAACAAUUAUACGAACAUAACAAACCUACCUAUCUUAACCUAUUCUUUUCAUGGGUAAUUCAUAAGUAUAAACCAACACUUUAGGACCUCUCGUCCGCAAGUCGCGGUGUCGCAUAAUCCAACGCGUUAGUCGUGAGCGUUAUAACGAUGACAUCGUCACUACUUCCACCAAGAAACCGAAAGAGACUGGAUGAAUAUAUACCACCCCUCCUAAGACCUCUUAUUCGGGCCUAUGUCCUAGGCUACACUUCUUCUGUUGCACCAAGGCUCCUCACGUUGAUUCUCCAGCAUGUAACUAGAAGGGGGAAAGACAAGGGUGCUGCCACUGUCACGCAGCCCCACGACUUCAUCUCAUCCUUGCAACGUAUCCUGCGUGGGGGACUAGAAUUUCAAAGAUUUCCAACCUUCUGUGCGGCCCUCGUAGGCGGGACUACGUUACUAGAGGUUUUGCUUAGUAGAGCGUUGAGACGUCUUAGCCAGUUUCCUACCCCGACCCUAAAAAGACUUUCAAGAUGGUUAUCGACGUUCAUUGCGGCCUGGCUCAGCCUCCGACUACUACAGUCAAAGAAGAGCGAUGGCUUCUCAGAAACGAUCACUACCAAUCCAGAUGAUCCACAAACCACGAAGCAAGAAACGGUACGCUAUGCCGGACGAACUCUUGACUUGACCUUGUUCGCAGUUACUAGAGCUCUCGAUGUGGUAGUCAGUGAGGCAUGGUCCCGGAGAAGGCAACGCAGGGUUGUUGCUAACCAAUGGACUUGGGUCGAAUCUUUGAUAUCGAAGUUAGCUGACCCAACUAUCUUUGCUACUUCUUCUGCCUUUAUAAUGUGGGCGUGGUUCUACUCACCUUCGCAGCUACCUAAGGCAUACCAGAAAUGGAUCAGCUCGGCCGCAGCGGUGGACUCUCGCCUUAUCGAAGCACUUCGGCGUUGCCACAACGGGGAGCUCCAAUACGGCAAGGAAACGGGACAAGAACCGCUCCUCCAAUCAAUGUGCGUAGACUAUAAAUGGCCGUCGGUGUGGGGCGAUCCUGCCAAGUCCAUCCCGUUUCCGUGCGAAAUCGUGCAUAUGGGUUGCGGGUCGUCUUGCGAAUACCACGCCCUAUCCCGUUUCUACCGAUCCUUCAAAUGGUCUAUGAUCACGUAUCUGCCCCUGAAUUUACUAGCCCGGAAGAAGGACCUGAAGGGGCUUCGGACCGCGCUUCUAUCCGCAAUACGCUCGUCGACAUUCCUAGCCACAUUUAUUACCCUUUUCUAUUAUGGGGUGUGUCUAGCGCGGACGCGGCUCGGCCCGCACAUUAUUGGGAAGGACACGCAGUCCAGACAGGCUAUCGACGGGAGUAUCUGCGUCGGAUCUGGCUGUUUCCUGUGCGGAUGGAGUGUCCUCGUAGAAAAAGCGGCCCGCAGAAAAGAGCUAGCACUCUUCGUCGCGCCCAGAGCUAUGGCAACGCUUUUACCAAGACGAUAUUCCCUUGACAAGCAGUGGAGGGAGACGUUCGUCUUCGCUUUUAGUACAGCGGUGGUGUUCACGUGCGUAAAAGAAAAACGGGAGAGCGUGCGCGGUAUGUUUGGGAAAUUCCUUGUGGGAGUUUUAGAGCCAUGACGGAUUAUUUGGCGCCCGUCUAGACCAUACAUCUAGCUUUGGAG